AUCAAAUUAUCCAUCAGGGUUUUGUCUUAGCACAUCACAGGAAGCAGCCCCAUAUUGGAGGGGAGGUACGUUGCUUUACUGAUAGCACCACUUUGCUGCAAGUGCCUAGGAGGCUGCAGUUGUUGCUGAGAACACACCGAUGAACUAAUUCCACCUUGCUUUUGGCAGUGCUCAGGCAAUGGUUUUUUAAGACCUAGUCCUCUGGCAGUGUCUCGUUUCCUGCAGUCCCACUGUAGGCCUUUAUGUGCACUUAAACUGUUAAGUUGACUGCGUCCAAUCAGUUGUUGGGAGCAGAAAGCAUGCCCAUCCUGCUCACCCUAUUACAAUGACCCCGGUCUUGCUCCGGAGGAAAUGGGGAACUGCUCAUCUGCAGAGCCAUGCACCUUUUGUUCUGUUGUAAGUGCUGCAGCACAGCAGAGCACAGAGAAAGCAGCACAGCCUCUCACUGGCAUUGCUGUAAGCCUGCAGGUGCCCGGUAAGACACGGGAGUGAAGCUGGCUAGAAAGCCGACAGAUCCCUGGCCAACUCAUCCCAUGCUUUCCCAGGUGGCACAUUGCAUUGCUAUUUGGAGAAUCCCAUUCACCGUUGGCUAGCAGCAUUGUGCGUGCUUGAUCAUUGAUCACUCUUAACUUAACAUGUGUCCCAAGUGCCUUUACACAUGAACUAAUCUGCGACUCUGAGGUAAGCACACUCUCGAGACGGUAGAGCCACUAGCAGCUGACACGGCGCAGGCAGUGUGGAGCUCUCGGGUGACCUGUGUGCUGGUGUGUCCCAGGGAGAAGAGGCUGGGGCUGCAGCGAUGGUGUGCCACCUGCCAGGCCCACUUCACCGGGGAUCUGAUUGAGCACCGCAGGACCAGAGAGCACAAGAUGGCCAAGCACUCGUCCCGGCCGUUCUGCACGGUCUGCAAGUGGCACUUCAGGACGCCGCGCAAGUUUGUGGAGCACAUGAAGUCGCCCGAGCACAAGCAGAGGGUGGAGGAGCUGCGGAACGAGGGGGGGCCAGAGAUCCCGGAGGAGCUGAUCACGGUGGAUGCCAUCGGCUGCUUUGAGGGAGAGGAGGACUACGAGGAAGAGCCUACCGAGGGGGAGGAAGAGGACGAGGACAGUCAACCUUCCCAUAGCCAAAAGGUGGUCCGGCCGGCGCAGAGGGAGGUGGCCCUGGAGGAGAUGAGGGACGACGAGGAGUACGACUCGGAGACCCAGUACGGCUCUAGUUUUGUGGUCCCAGUGGCUGGAUUCCUCUGCAGGCUGUGCCACAAGUUCUACCACUUCGAGUCCACCGCCAGGCUGUCCCACUGCAAGUCUCAGAUGCACUUCCAGAACCUCCAGAAAUACAGAGCCCUAAAGAGCCAAGAAGAGACCGAAGAGUCUCUGUCAGAGGCAGGGGAGCCAGGCAGCAGCGGCAUAUUGGAGGACCAUCAGGAACUGGGGCCAGCAGAGGGAACCACAGGGGUGGGACCUGAAAUGACCAGCGUAGGUGGGAACAGCAAAAAUGUCGACCUCGAACCCGCUCUCUCCCUCGGCCCGUCUUCUGACCAGGCCACCCCGGGAGGCCCCAAAUCGGCCUCUGAUAUCCAGGAUCCUGAGAAGGCCAGCUCGGAUCUCCCCAACAGAAGCAAAACUGACUCUAGUGGAGCUGCUGUUGACAGUAGCUCCAAUGGUUCGGCUCAGAGUAAGACCAAAGACUUUUCGCCAGACCCGACAAGAUCCGCGAGCCCUCCCUGUGUUUUGCUAGAGGGCUCUGAAGACGGGACGUCAGACUCCGUGAGCUCCCACAUGGACUGCGCGGCGGACGAGCCGGCCCAGCCCGCUGACGACCCGGGGAACCGUAGUUCCUUGUCGGAGAAGGACGGCUCCCCAGAUCGGCCCCCAGCCGAGGAGCCUGGGGAAGAGGAGCCGGAGAGGGAUGGUCCGCAGGUGCUGUCUGGGCAGGCAGAGAAGAGGAGCCCUAACGCUGAAGGCAAAGAGGAAGAGGCAGCCAGGGAAGGCGAGGAAGAAGAGGACGAGGAGGCAGGGGCGGGUGACAGGUUGACGGCAGGGCGCUCCCGGGCAACAGCUCCGAGGAGAAGAUCCACAAGGACGACCCGGAGGCGCUGAAAUACCGUCGGCUGGCUGGAGAAAGAGGGUUCCCCUCCUUUUCUACCGAAAGAUUUUGAGCGAGCAUCUGGGAGUUGCCGUGUUAAAGAGCACGGAAGACGUGUGCCCUGAAGUGGUUUGAUCAGCGAGACUGAAUGACGUUUUGCUUCCGAUCCUGAAGACAAUUCAGGGUCUUGACGUAGUGGAACGGAUGCCCAGCUUUGUAAUGAAGGUAUAAUUAAACAGGGGGCAGGUUAGGUUUGGGUGGGUGUGUGUAGCUUAGUUUGAUCCGCAAUGUGACAAAAAAAACAAUGAAAUUAGGAGACACUGGAGUUGAUUUCAGGAAGGAAGUAAUCGCGUAUUGGUUCUGUACAUAAAAACCUGUUCAACUGGAGAGAUGAUUCAUUAGGCAGCCAGACAGACUUUCCACAGCAUUAGGGCAGGUCUGUCAAACUCUACUACUGGACAGCUUGGAUAGACAGGUGGGAGCUUCAUUGUUUCCAAUCAAAUGAUUUGAUAGAUUGAACAAAUGUGUUCUUCUUAGGUUAGAAGCCAGCAGCGUUGAUAGUGACACACUCACUGGUGUUGACGUAAGCAUAUUCAAAUGCUUACAGACCGGCAGCUGCACAGCACCAAACAAGUGCCCAUCUUUUCCAGUCACAUCUUUUACUUCAGCUAAAGAACAUGAACUGAGGGGCAGUGAAACCCUGUGGCACUCAGAUCUCCUACUUUUCCACUUUAGCAUCAGACGCAUUUGCAGAAUAAGUCACUUUUUUUUUUUUACUUCCCCAGAGGGAAGCUACAGGGCAUUCAAUAACCUCUCCUAAUGCCUCUUAACAAACAAGGAAUGACUGUGUGUCCACAUUGGACACAUUGGGGUUCCAUGUGAAAAUACUGUGACAGUCGUGUGCGGAUUAGGGUUGUCGAACUCCGAAGAGCAAGGAUAAAUCUGAAAAAAACCUACUGUAUUCCUUUAAAACUGUGAGUGUACAGUUUACAGUUUUUAUCCUCCUAUAAGAGGAUAGUGAAUUUAACUUCUGCUAGAAAGUGCUCAUUUUGUUAGUGCAAUGCUUAGAGGGCUCCAUCAAUCUGUCAAAACCCAUUUGGUCUGUUAUACCUUUCUGAAGUACCGAUUGCAAGCUCUGGUGCAACGCCUUUCUAACAAGGUGCCGAGUGGGAGAACUCUCAUGCCAUCCACAGACAAGCCAAUUCACUAGUCUGCCACCUGUCGGAAUACAGCAGAGGUGCAGGGUGAUGGUACAGAACAGUGUAUCUGGAAGACAAAACAAUGCUGUGCAUUUUUAGAAUGUAUUUUUUUUGCAAAUAACUGAAACAAGUGUGGUUUUUUUUAGAAGCUUCGUUUGUAAUGUCUGCAGUUUGUUUUGGUUGUAUUUUAAGUCUUCUAAUUUAUAAAAGUUUGACAAUUUG